AUAAAUCCGGGUAAAGUGGGCACCGUAAAGAGACUGACUCCGUUUCCCUGUAACUCGGGCAGGGCGUCAGGGCAGAUGUGUGGUUGAGAUACAACCUCCUGGGUAUGCGUCUCGUGCCAAGAACGCAGAGGUGUGCUAGGAUGUAUAGGUUUCUCGGGAAUUGGGCGGAGCCUAAAUGCCCGCACGGUAUAAAUGUGUCACUUGCACAUCCCCUUCCAGACUAACGCUCGUACACUUGCUACCUGGAUUAAAACCACACGAAGACUUUUUUUUUUUUUUUGCCAUUUCUAACUUGAGCUUUUCUGGUGUUUCGGGAGUUCUAUGGGAAAAACGGAGUGAUCAGAGCAGGAUGCAGCAAGGGAGACUGCGAUUGCGACCCUGGCUAGAAGAGCAGAUCAGGUCCAACAAGUACCCGGGACUUCAGUGGGUCGAUGAGUCCACUGGCACCUUUCAGAUUCCCUGGAAACAUGCAGCUCGCCACGGAUGGAAUAUUGACAAAGAUGCAUCACUUUUCAGAAGCUGGGCACUGCACACAGGAAAAUAUAAACCAGGAACUGAUAAGCCAGAUCCAAAGACUUGGAAAGCCAACUUCCGAUGUGCUCUCAAUUCCCUGCCAGAUGUAAAGGAACUUCAUGACAGAAGCAUUAAGAAAGGCAACAAUGCCUACAGGGUCUAUGUAAUGUUGCCCAUGCACAAAAGCCAGAGAAGGAGAAAAGGUAUGAAGGAAGAAAGGCAGGCCGAAGUAAAACAUGAAGACAUGAACUAUGACGCAGUUGUUCCUAAGACAGAAAGCUGGUGUGCAUUGGAAGGAUUUAAUGUUGCUUUCUCCAAAUACUCAUUUGCCUUAGAUGCCAAGAACAAUUCUUCUGCAUGGAAUAGCAGGACCAACAGUGGCCAAAACCUGAUGAAGAGCACACCCUUUGCUGACCAGAGUGCUUUCUCCUGCCUACCAGAUAAAGAUGAAGAAGACAUCACUAAUCGGGAUGAACACGCUCAAGCCAUUUUGCAGAUAGUAGAUCACCUGUCUGGUGUGGACCACUGGAAUGAAUCAUAUGGCAGCCAUAAGAUGUCCAGGUCCUGUGUGUCUGCUCCAUGGAUACAUCUCUACAAUGAAGGGCUUGAGCACAAUGAACACCCACCCUUUGUAGACCACAGCUUGGAAAAUGAGCAGCAAGGACCCGUCUUUUCUGAUUUUAUAUGUUCACAUUUAACCAUGAUCCCCAGCUAGUGAGGGGGAUGCCAGGAACUGAUGGACAGAGCAUCAGUCAGCAGUUACAUGAAACUGGGACAAUAGUGAAGGUGCUCUUACUGGUCUAGGAAGAA